GUAAGAGCCCCGGUGGAUGUAAACGGAACUGCAGCUGCUGGGUUAAAUGGCUCUUUUUCUCUCUUUUCACUUUUGAUCCCUGAGCUCACACAUUCCGAUCAUUCCAGGCGCGCUCAGUUAUUUAUGAGAGCAGAGCGCGCGCCUACUAGCUCAUAACCCCACCAGACCUGAACACAACGAGGAGAUAAAACACACAGAAGACGUUAGUUGGAUUAUUUGGAUUAUAACACAUGCCAUUAACAGAAUCCGUGUGGAAUGAAAGUUUUAGUUGGUCCAGUUCAGAUCAUAAAUACUCGUCUCCAUCAAAUAAAAUGAGAGUUGAAGAAGCAUCUGGCACUGUCCUGCACAGACUAAUCCAAGAGCAGCUUCGCUAUGGAAACCCCACAGAUGCCCACACACUCCUGGCCAUCCAGCAGCAGGCCCUGCGACGAGGAGGAGGUGUUGGGGGUGGCAGCGGAGGGGCUGGUUCUUCACAGUCUUCAUCUGAGAGCCUCAGCCAGGAGGAGCCCCAGUCUCCUCAGCUCUCUGCGCGCCAAGAACCCCAGGGUCAAGAGCACCAGGUCGACUACCAGCACUCUGAGAACUACACAACAUACCCACACCACGGCGAGGAGCUGCCCACCUAUGAACAGGCCAAGGCUCAGUCUCAGUAUUUGGCCUCCCAGUGGUGCCAACCACUCAGGGGCUGCUCACUACAGGACAGUGAAACCAUCCCGAAGCCAUGUGAGGAGGAAGACAGCUGGGACCCGAAGCGAGGCCACAUACGGUCACUCAGUGAGCGGCUUCUGCAGUUUUCAGUAGAGCGCAGUAAAAUGCCUGCAACAUGUUCUGCCAGUUACCCUCAGAUACAUGGAUAUCAUGCAAACCAGCACUUACAAUACAGCCAGCAAGGACUGGAGUACAAUAAGCAGGUUCCUUAUACUGAGUACCCCUUUCCUGCACAACAAGCAGCGGAGUAUGAACAUUACUACAAAGCACCACCACCAUUUCAUUCCCAGCACAACAGACUUCAAACACCAGAGGUUUGCCAUAGACUCUCCACAUCUCCCCCUGCUGGCAGGGAGGUCACGGCUUGCAGUCGCAGUCAGCUGGAAAUGCUCAUGAAUGAGAAUAAAAGACUGAAACAGGAGCUAGAGGGACACACUGAGAAGGCCCUCAGAAUUCAGAAGCUGGAACAAGAGAUCCAAAGGAUCUCAGAGGCCUAUGACACUCUGAUGAAGGGCUGCGCUAAAAGAGAAACUCUAGAGCAAGCACUAAGAAACAAGCUGAUGGUUGAGAUCAAGAGGCUGCAGCAUUCAAGCAUUCAAGCGGCAAAAGAAGCCGAAGCUGCUGACCAGAACCAGCAUGUUAUUGAGAAGCUCCUUCUGCAGAAUGAAGAACAGCAGCUUCAGUGUGCACAUCUGGAGCAGGAGGUUCAGCAUCUGCGAAACGAAGUGGAGAACCAUCAGCGCAGAAGCGAGGCCCUGGAGACAACACUGAGGUCCACGCAGACACGCAGCCAGCAGCUGUGGACGGAGCUGCAGAGGAAGAGAGCGUAUGUGGAGAAGGUUGAGCGUCUGCAGGGGGCUCUAACUCAGCUGCAGGCGACCUGUGAGAAAAGAGAAGGCCUGGAAACACGCCUGAGGACACGGCUGGAGCAGGAACUGCGAAGCCUCCGAAAUCAGCAGCGGCAGCCGCAGCCAGUCUGCGGAGCGUCCCAUGUGAGUGUCUCCACACUGCAAGAGCUUCUGCGGGAGAAAGAAGAACGCAUUCUGUCACUGGAGGCCGACAAGAUGCGCUGGGAACAGAAAUACUUGGAGGAGAAGACCAUGAGGGAGUUUGCAAUGGAUGCCGCUGCCACCGCUGCAGCUCAGAGAGACACAACCAUCAUCAACCAUUCGCCCUGCCAUUCGUUCAUUGAGGAGCUCCCAUCAUCUGAGUACAGGAACCAGGAGGUAGAAAACAGGAUCCGUGCCCUGUACGCCCAAAUCCUGCAGAAGGACACAGUGAUUAGCAUCCUGAAGCAGAAGCUGCAGCAGGAGCAGAAGAGAGAGUCAGGUGCUGAGCCCUCCAUCACCAUCGCUCAUUCAACGGUCACCCACACUGCCCAAGGCAAAGGGAAGAGUCAUUCCAAUGACCAGGCGACUGGUACGUCCCAUUCGGCGCUCGCUCCGGUAGCAGCCCUGGGACAACCUAAACAAUUUCUGUUAGAGAAACAGACAACAGAUCAAACCUCCCACACAGAGACCAGCACUGAUAACAUCCAGAAAGCACCAUCUGCCGUGGACCUUUUCAAGGGCCUGGAUGAAGUGACGGCUGAAGCAGUGGAGAUCUUCAUUUAAUGAAGAACACUUGGACAAACUGCCCUGUAAAAUAAAUGUUGAGGAGCUCUGGGACAGAUUAAAUGACACCACAUCACUAUACUGUUGUGAAGCAAGAGUCCAGAUAAACAGCAGAGCUGCUCAAAAAUCUCAUGUGAAAGAGGGAGCUUAGCUCUUCUCUUAAAACUACAUCUCCAGUCUGCUAGAUUUUGACAGAUAAGACAGCAAACUGAAUUACAGAGACUUUUGCUACUGGUGAGAAUCCUAUAUUUUUUUGGUAUUUACAACCAUCCUGUUCAGGAAGGUGGACAUAAACUAAUUGUCCUCACUAUUGCAUUGUCCCUCCUCUCAGAAGACCUGUGGUCACUUCACCACAUUCCAGUUCAAUUGACUUUCUUCUUGAGACUGAAGCUCUUGCAUGUAUCUUUUCCACCCCACCUUUAUCGAUUGUUAUAAAUGGUUACAUUUUUCUCAUGUUUUCUAUUUAUGGCUGCUACGCCCUUCAGCAAAGUUAUUCUUUUACAUUGCAUUUCUAGGAUCGGCAUGCUCAACACUGUCACGUUGUGCGAGACAAAAACAUUAUAUAGACCUAGUAGUCUAAAAGAACUGUUGGAGAGGAAACCAAUUGUAUUAUAUUAUGAUUUGCUUUCUUGUAUUUUGUUUUUGAAUGUGUUCACUCUUAAAUGGCACAUUUGCUGGUCAAGGUGUCAUUUCAAAGUAAAUAUUAAUAUAUAUUUUGUACAAUUAUUUUGUGUUCUGUUGGAAUGUAAUGCUGAGGAACUGAUGCCAAAGAGCAUUUCAGUAAAGUUCAUGUGUUCAAAACACAUGGCCAAGGGUUGACCUCUUCUAUUUAAUCAAUGAAAGAUGUGAAUGUUCUGAAACAUUUCAUACAUUUACAAUAAAGCUAUUAAUAUAUAA